UGAGAGGGGCUCCAUUGUUAACUAAGUCAUACACCUCCACCUCCACAAGAACUUCUUACGCAUGUUUUAGUUGUGGUCAGCAAGGACAUUUUGCUACGAAUUGCCCCCGGUCUUCCAGUACAGGUGGGUUAGGCCCCGCGUUUCGGAAUGCUUCCCAGCAUCUUCCCGCAAGCAGCUUCCACCAGGUUCGAUUUCCAUCAACUCCCAGGGUGUGCUGGCGGUUCAAUAGAGGCAUGUCAUGUUCCAAUCCAUGUCCCUUUCCACACAAGUGCCCCCAUUGCUCUAAAAACCACCCAGGGCACCGUUGCUCAUUUAGGCCCUCUCAGCCAAGUACCCAAUAAUUUUUUUCCGAUUAAGUCCUUUGUUUUCACUCCUGUAAAUGUCUUAUUGUUGGGCAAUUUAUUAGUUUCACAUCCCAAUCGGGUCUUAGUCAACUUUAUCCUUUCUGGCUUUAGCCAUGGGUUUAAACUUGGGUACCAACAUGGACAACUUUUCCCAUCAACUUCCAACAACAAAUCCUCUAUGGAACAUGCAAGCAAAGUCGAUGAAGCUAUUUUAAAGGAGUUGAAUAGAGGGCAUACCGUAGGCCCUUUUGAUUGUCCUCCUCUUCCUAGUUUUCAUUGCUCCCCUUUGGGUGCAGCGCCUAAAAAAGAUGGUUCCAUCCGGGUAAUUUUAGACCUCUCAUCACCACAAGGAUUCUCGGUUAACGAUGGUAUUUCUAAGGACUCUUAUUCAGUUACAUAUUCAUCAUUUGACGAGGCCAUUGAUAUGGUACGUGAACUCGGCAGAGACUGCUUUCUUGCCAAACUUGAUAUCAAACAUGCCUUCCGGUUAUGCCCAGUUCACCCGGAUGACUGGUACCUCCUUGGUUACAAAUGGCAGGGAAGAUAUUUUUUUGAUGUUGUUCUUCCCUUCGGUGGACGGUCGUCACCGUUUACUUUUAAUCACUUUGCGGACCUACUUCACUGGAUUCUUCAGUACCUUGCUUCCAUUCGGCAGCUACUUCAUUAUCUCGAUGACUUUAUUACAGGUAAUUCCUCAAAAGCCGCCUGCCAAAAUAUCAUCAAUUUAAUCCAGCAGGUCUUUAACUGCCUAGGAGUUCCUUUAGCACCGGAAAAAAUUGUUGGUCCAUCUCGCGUCCUGACUUAUUUAGGCAUUGAAAUUGAUACCAGUGAAUUCGUUAUACGUUUACCUCAGGACAAAUUUGAUGCUAUUUUGUCUUUGUUAAGAGUGUGGAAAGGAAAGAAAAAAUGCACAAAAAAGGAGCUACUAUCACUCAUAGGAUUGUUGUCUUUUGCAUGCAAAGUUGUCAAAUGUGGUCGCAUUUUUCUGCGCCGGUUAAUUGACCUUUCUACUACUGUAAGUAGCCUUUACCAUCACAUUUCCGUUACAUCGGAAUCCCGCAAGGACAUUGAGUGGUGGCUGAAUUUUUUACCCAGUUGGAACGGGAUGGCGGUCAUCCAAACAUCAUUCCUCACAUCAGAAAGUUUAAACAUGUUUACAGAUGCUUCCAUGAGUGGUUUAGGCGGUUUUUACAAUGGGAAAUGGUUUUCCAUCCCUUUUUCCAACACCAACAAUUACAGCAUUACCUUUCUUGAGUUGCUUGCGGUUGUUAUAGCGGUACAUUCGUGGGGUGAGAAGUGGUCUGAUACCCAGGUUAUCAUUUUUACAGACAACGAGGCCAUUGUCCGCAUAUGGAGUACUGGUUCGUGCAAAUGUGAGCACAUCAUGAAACUUGUUCGCUUGUUGUUUUAUUUUACAGCAAAUCACAACAUAAAUUUGCUGAUGCGCCACAUUUGUGGCACUUCUAAUAUUUAUGCAGACCUACUUUCGCGUUUACAGGUCGCAAAGUUCAAAGAGCAGUGCCCAUACGCCGAAGAGCUUCCUACUCCUAUCCCCUCGUCAAUCUCCGAAUGCUUAGUGUGACAAUGAAUUACCUCUUCGAUGCUGCUUUAUCACCAAACACCAGACUUACCUACCGUUCUGGACUUUCAUCCUACAGAAUGUUUUGCCGCCACGCCUCUAUCCGGAUGUUGGAAAUUUGGGGAUGUCGGGCUUCCUACGUCAGCCAUAUAACAUUUGGACAGAUGCGUGUGUGAGGCUUGUGUAUCUUAUUAUUACUUGAUAUUAUUAUCACUUAUUAUCAUUACGGUGAGGCACACCCUUUUAUGAAUCCUGAUAUUAUUAUUAUGUGGUAACACACGCUGGGCCAAUACUGGACCAGCUUGUGCAUUCCACCUUUAGCUCAUGAUUAUUGAUAACACAUGUUUAUUGGGUGCAGAAGACACCAUAUGUGAUUAUCGGUUUAUAGUGAAGUGCAGUGUACCUUCAUGAUUGAAGUGGAAGAGAAACAAUAUCCUUCAUGCAUGAGAAUAAAUUAUUAAAUAAGUAUAUAAUUAAUAAACUAAAUAAUUAAUCAUUAAUUACAAGUGACAAGUAAAUGUAUUAUUAGUUGUGAAAUGUACCUCGUGAAUAGAGGAUAUGAGUAUGUUAUUCAUGCAUGAAGAGAUCUGGGUCAUGCCUUGGAAACCGUUCACAAUAUUAUGAUCCAUGAGGACAUAAGCUUGUGAGGGGCAACCAAAACGUGCAUACUCUUAGGAAAUUACCCUCUUUGCCUUGGGCAAGCAUUUUGGUGUGAUUACCUUGUUAUGAUUACUAGCAGCAUGCGUUAUCUGUCCUGCCUUACUUAUUUAUUUUCUUACCCGGCAUCCCAAUCCAUUCCCCAAAUUUACAAAUUGCGUUCCAUGCGGAUGAUGUUGUAUACCAAAAUGUGCCAUAAUACAAUAUUCUCGAUUAAUAAGUGUGUUUUUACUGAGUAACCAAGACAAUUAAGUCAUUUUUAAUAAUGUAACCUCUCAGGAGAAUCUCUUUGUAAACCCUACGGGAACGCUACGCAGUAACAAAGAGCUUAAAAAAGUUAGGCUAAAUUACCCUGAUUACCAAGCAUAUCUUGCUUUUUUUUUCACAGUCUGACCUAGUCAGCAAAAUUGUACCUAUGCUAAUGAAAUUAUAUUAUUUAGGGUCCCAUGGGUUAGGGCUAUUUUUAACAUGUAGGAAAUUAUUUUUUAACUGUAUAUAUUUUCAAUAUCUGCCAUCCUGCAAUGUUUAAUCUUCAAAAUAAUAAACACAAACUUAAUUAAAAAACAUAGUGAGAUUGUACACUAAAUGCACAAUAUUUUAAUUUUGAGAGCAAAAGGUGCCUUCACUCAGAAAUAAAAUUUGAUAAUGGCUGGUGUAUUCUACCUGCAUCUCUCUGCCAUAUAAACACUACUGUGGUGCCAUAGAUUAAUGGUUAUAGCUCUCAUACUCUGUGCGGGAGACCAGAGUUCGGUUCCUCUUGACGGCAAUUCAACAUGGGUGAGUAAAUGUUACCAUAGCCCGGGUUAACCCAAGCCAUGUGAGGGAAAUUGGGGAGAUGGCACACUGUAUGGGCCGUUGGAUGUUGCCGGGAGUUGUCUAGUAGAGCGCGGCCUCUAAUUGGGUCUGCGUAGCUCAAAAUGAGCAUUAAAUACUCCAGGACUCUCCAUCUAAGCCAUGGCCCCUCUUGGAAAUAAUAGACAGGGUAUAUCCCUCGAUAUUUGUGAGGCUAGCCAUGUAAAAUAUGCACAUCUAUCUAUCUACUGUAUCAUGCAUAAAGUCAUCUAUAAUAGCUAUAUAUAUAGAUAGCUAAAAAACAAAAAAGGAAUUUUGCUUGCUAAAAUGAAUAUAUUAUAUGCAAGGCGGCAUGGCUGUUUUUGCAAGGAGCAUAGCUACAAUCCUUGACAAUGUAUAAUAUAUUGGAAACAAGGGUGGAUUUUUUGGAGCAAUUAAGAACUGUGUUUCUAAAUAACAAAUACUAGAACUUGUUUAAGUUCACUCUUGUCAAUGUUCACAGCGAAUUUAGGACUUAAGAUCUUAGGUUAUUUGAUUUAGAUCCAAAACUUCAAGUCAACAUAUUUCGUGCUUUUCUAAUAUUGGCGCAGGUUGUUUUAUAAUGCAAACAUUGCUAAAAGUGCAGCUAGUAUACUCCUGUCUAAACCCGCUGCCAAAGUAGGACUUAUAAUCAGUCCAUCAAUACAGAGCACUGCCCAAGUAAUGCCCUUUUUCCAUUUCAAGAAAGAGCAGAAAAAAAACAAUUUUCCAAAUAUUAUUUCCAGGGUUGUAGCUAGCUAGCUACCUACACGAAAUCAAACUUGUGGUUUUACUACAACAACGAGAAGUGCGCUGAAAAUUCAACUGAAAGAAAGUCAGAAGACAGGCAGAGAAAGCUCUGAUAAUAUGUUUUUUGUCUCCUUUAUCUCUACAGAGCACAGGAAUCCAGCAGUAUCUUUCUUUCUUGUUAAUAAAACGUUUGCCAUUUGGACAACUGAAUUACAACUGCUAUAGCAAAGCAAAGCAACAGAAAAUACUCUUCGUGUCAUUAAACCUAGAGCUAUUUAAUAAGCGUACCACUAUUGAUAAUGUUAAAUUGCUUAAUGUUUUUAUAUGGACUGGAUCGCGGUCUUACUUUUUACGUUUCCAUGUUUACUCCAUACACCUCGUUCCCAACGUUUUUAUAUUAUAUAUCAAAACGCAGAGCACAACAAUUAUAAGAAACAUUAAGACCAAAUAUGACUUCUUAAGCUUAAAAGAAUUUAAUGCAGAAGUCAAUAAAAAGAAUUAUAUUUCUCAUAGUGUUUGCUAUUGACCGAACUUGUUUCCAUGGUUUUUCAAUAUUUGUUCCCUGCAUAGAAAAAGGGUCCAUUUAUAUUAUUCAUUUAGCAUCGAAUUGGGUUCCAUUCAAAAGUAUGGUUCUUCUCCCUACAAAUUAAUAUAUAAUACCUAUAUAAAAAUUUUAUGAAUUUUAAAUCUCAAGAGAAAGCAAGGUGUCCUAUAUAGAAAGAAGGAAGCAAAGUUUACCAAUGUUUCCAUUAGUAUUAAAAGCGAGAAAAAAGUGAAAUUGUGUUGAAAUCGCGCCCAAGCGAAUUGAAAAAAAGACGGGCACACAGAAACAAAGAAAAAAAUGUGGGAGCACUAUAAACAAAAAUGUGAACAACUAUUGACACAAUUUAUUGAAAAAUUAUGUCCCAAGAAUCUUAGCGAAGACCUUAUCUAAAUAAAACUUUUUAGAAUCUUUGGAAAAAAAUCUUGUAGCUUUGUGUUUUCCGAAUGUUUUCAGAAAGUGCAUCAAAUAUUCUUGCUUGAUCUGAAAACGUCUUAUUUUCCCCAAUGCUAACAGUUGGUUCUCGAUCGCAAAUUUCUCUUAGAAUCGUGAAAUUCAACCUCUAAGUAGGCUGGAUAUUCUGGGUCAAAUUUCGGUCUAUGAAUAAGUUUUACCGUAUUCCAGUCAAUCACCACUUCAGUUUGGGUAUGUCCACAGGAGUAGCAUAUCUGGACAGCACACACCCAGCGUUAUAUUCUGUAUCUUUUGUAAUUGUUGCAGCAGGUACGCUGCCAUAGUUCAAUUUCGAUAAAAUUAAAGUUUCUACCAAUGAUAUCUCACGUAAAAAGGAGUAAAUCUGCUAAAUGGGGUUCCAUAAGCAGACUUAAUGAUAUUACUAACUUGUUCAUUCCUUUAUAGACUGUCAUCGAAUAGAAUUCCAAGAAAUUUUACCUUCUCGUUCAUUCUGACGGGUUUAAAAAGAGCUACCAAGAAGUUGUAUUUUUUCUUCAUUAUGGCAGUAUGGCUUGAAGCAGUGUAAUUUACAGGCUAGGUUUACUUCUUAAGGGUGAGAGACUUCUAACGACCAGCAGAGUCUUAACUUAGGUUGUAUAAAGCCUCUAAUUAUAUGUUGCGAGUAAAACAGCAUGAUCUUGUCUGUUUGGAAAAGAAAGAAAUAAAAACAGUUAGAAAGAUGUGUCACGACAGUCUAAGACAAGUAAAGAAACAAGGUAGAUAUACAUAGCAUUAGAGAUUCUAUGCAGAUAAGAAAGUUAAGUUAUUUCAUGUACUUGUAGAUAAUAGAGAAAGAUAAUUGGAAAGAAAAAAAUGUACAAUAUAGUUCCUGCAACCAAGCCCAGAUGUAAAAAUCUUAGCUGGAAAGAUGAGGACAGAUUUACUCCAGAAGAAUUUAAGCUAUAGUUUUGUGUCCUUUUUUUGAUUUAAUGGAUAAUUUUCAUGCUUGGAUUUAAAAUGUUUGAAGAGACGCUGUAUUUUUCCGAAAAUCCAUUUCAUGUCAUAAAUAAGUUAUAUACCAAAUCUUUUAAACAAACAAGUGAAGCGGAUUGAACCUAUACAAGUUAUUCACCAAUCCCCUAUAUUUGAAUGGAAAAAUCCCCAUUCAAAUAGAGAGCAGUCAUAAAUAAAAGCGAAGUACAAGUUUACCCUAACAUUCAUUUCGUGUUUUACAAAGUAAUUUUCAUAAGUGUUUGUUUACAACACAUUGACACAAAUGGAAAGCUGUGCAAACUUUAUUAAAAUCUCCAUCGCUUAAUACUUUUGGGUCAUAGCAUUUACAGCAGUAGCUAAAAAACGGUUAUAAGGUGGAGAACUUGUUUAUUGCACUAUAAAUUUCGCGGCAAAUUUAGGCGUAGCCUUCAUAACACCGAACAGCUUAGAAAUAAAGCGAUAAUCAUGCGAGUUUUUCUAGUUCUUCUUGUUUCUGCUGUGCUCAUGCUUUGUAGUGCAAGCAGAUUCGAAGAAAUUGAAAAACAUGGCAAAGGUAAGAUGAAACAGAAAUUUGAGGAGCAAGCAAGCGUAAAGUGCGGUGGAGAUUUUGAUAAAUGCAAGAAUAGGUGGUACUGUGGUUGGCCAGUGUGGCCGAUAUGGUGUAACUGCAUCAAAACAUUGACAGAAUGCUGUGAUCGUCUAUUUGCAAGCUGUUUAGAAGAUGCGCAGUUUGACCAUGACGUAUAUAAUGAAUGUAAAUCAGAUUAUCAUAUUUGUGUGGAUAAAAUACCACAUUAAA